GCUCCUGUUCAGUAUCAGCCUCUGAUGGAGAUGGACUACUUGGACAGCAUCAUCAAUGAGUCUCUCCGGUUGUUCCCCAUUGUCCCACGUUUGGAACGUGUGGCCAAAGCAUCUGUAGAGAUAAAUGGCCUUGUGAUUCCAAAAGACAUGGUUGUCCUGGUCCCCACAUGGCCUCUGCACCGGGACCCUGAGAUAUGGCCAGAACCAGAGAAAUUCAAACCUGAGAGAUUCAGCAAGAAAAACCAGGAGGACAUUGAUCCAUACACAUACAUGCCUUUUGGGUUAGGGCCAAGGAACUGCAUUGGGAUGAGAUUUGCUCUGGUGGUGAUGAAACUGGCAGUGGUGGAGAUCCUGCAGCGGUACAGCUUCUCUGUGUCUAAAGAGACUGAGGUGAGAUUACAGAUUAACUCUGCAUAUUGCUCCUCUUUCAGGCUGUGUGAGGAAGCUUAUGGCAUUUAUUUUUGUCCAUCCAAAAUUUAAAGACUCUGCUUAACA